AGAAUGGAAAGUGAAGACCGCUGAAGAGAACACGCACCAAUUAUAUCACCGGCAUUAACGAGGCUGAAGGACAGAAUCAGAGACGCAAGCACCAGAGCCACAACACAAGUACUGUACGUCGGUCUGAGAACAACGAUAGAGGCGAGACGAGGAGCAUGGGGAGGGUUCGGGUGGGAGGAAGAGGAUGCUGGAGAAGGACAAACUUGACAGAAGAAAGAGAGAAGAAAGACUGAAGAAAAUGUUUGUAGAUACAGUGAAAGAAAACACGGCUAUAACUUGUGACUAGGGGGGAGAGACAGGAAAGAGGGUGACGACCACUAACGGGAGGGAAAGAUUUUUAUCACCACCGCUAGUCCAUAUCGGCAGUUUACAUCACUGACCCUACACUGACCUGACCCUGCCGCAGCAUAUGGCGCAGGUGUGUGAUUAGCGGGUACGGCGGGGCAAGAGGGGCGGGCGAACCUUACCUAUACGCUAGGCUUAUCAUCUGAGUCUCGGUGUAUAAAGACUGGAGGAUGUGCUUCCCCUGGCAUCACUCCUCCGCUGGACACUUCCCAAGGUGCUUCAGUAGGACACCAGCAGGAGGGAGGGAGAGAUAGAAGGAUGAUUAACUAUUUAUGUCUUCUUUAUUUGCUUUAUUUCGGUUCUUAAUUGUCACUAUAACUUUUCAAAUUUCCUACUUGCUCCUUCUCUUUACCAUCCUUAGUUUUCAUUAUUCUAUUCCCUUCAUCUACAGAAUCAUCACAACUUACUGAGCUCCUUAAACAUGUCAAACUCUCCUCUCCUCUUCUUCCUGCUCCCUUCCCCAGUUUCUCUCCGUCACUUCUCUACCCAAACAGAAGCAAAGCACGAAGGAUAAAAAGUGACUCUCUUUCUUGGUGUUUCCAGAUGAUGCUGCGAGCGUGUUUGUCUGUGGCGCUGAUGAUGGUGCUGCUGGUGGCCGCGACGGACGCCACGCUGAAAGGACUCAAGGUCCUCAAGUUGGCGAAGAAAACCUCUCCCUUCCGCUUCUACGGUCACUCAGCCCCCGCACCAAUCAUUCUCAAGUCCUCUCCUCCCGCACCCGUCUUUGUCAAGGCGUCCCCUCCGGCGCAUGUCAUCGUGGAGGCCCAGGUUGGAGCCCCGGCCCCUACCUAUGUCAGACAAGCUCAGUGCAACGCUCAAGUCGUCACCUCGUACGUAACGGUAACGCAGAAAGUGACAGAGCCCGCCACCGUCAACCUGUGCAGGGCCAACGUGCAGACUCGCUUUGUGCACCAGCCUGUCACCACCACUCAGAUCGUGACGGAGCAGCAGGUGGUGAGGCAUCACGUGACGAAUACUCAGGUGGUGACGGAGACUCAGCACCAGCUGCGCCACGUCACGGACACCCAGUACGUGACCACCACGCAGGCCCAGGUUAGGUUCCAGCAGGUGACAAAUUACUUGACCACCACUGUCUCCGCCCCGCCCCAGAUCAGGAUUGUGACUGAGGAGGUGGUGAGGAACCAGCCCCAGGUGGUGACCCAGCUUGUCACCACCACCGCCAUCAAGUACGUGGCGCAGUCUGACAUCCACGGCUCAUCCCAGAACCGCUUCGGUGGCGGCGACGUCCGGUGUGCAAAAUCCGGCUCAACCAAGACAGUGCACGUGACCAGCUUCGUGACAGAGACCGUAAAGGGCCGCUGCGGCGCCGCCACCACCACUGUUACCAAGCACAAGGUCGUCACCACCACCGUCACUGCCCAGGGUUGGUGAAGGGGCAACAAGAUACAAGACACAAGUAUCAGAAGUAAAUAAAUGGGAAGGUGAAAGGGGAAAGGGAGUAUACAUACCACGGAGGGGAGGAGGAGGUCAAAGUUUGCAAAGGUGGUGGUGAAAUAUACACGUCUUGACACAGUUUCCUUGAUUUGUUUUUUCUUCCUUCCUUCCGCUUUCAUGCCUCUGUGCCUGGCGCGACGCCUCGGGGGUACACUGUCAGUGAGGGAUGAGAGAAAGGUGCCAGGAAAGAUGGGACGUGCGUGUGUGUGUGU